GGCGGCGGUGGCGGCGGGAGCGAAGCGCGAAACUGCACGUGCGGCUGGCUGCGGCGGCGGACGGAGGCGCGGAUAGAGGUCAGAGCACUGCAGUUUGAAAAUGCCCACCGAGCGGACUUCUUGGGCAAGCUUGUCCACCAUUCAGAAAAUCGCACUCCUCCUCGGGAUUCCCGCCAGCGCCACAAUCGCCUACAUCCUAUACCGCAGAUUCAGAGAAAGCAGAGACGAGCGGCUCACCUUCGUGGGAGAAGACGACAUUGAGAUCGAGAUGCGAGUUCCCCAGGAGGCCGUGAAGCUUAUCAUUGGCCGGCAGGGAGCCAAUAUCAAGCAGCUGCGGAAGCAGACCGGCGCUCGGAUCAACGUGGACACGGAAGAUGUGGGCGAUGAGCGAGUGUUGCUCAUCAGCGGCUUUCCCGUGCAGGUGUGCAAGGCCAAGGCCGCGAUCCAUCAAAUCCUGUCGGAGAACAGCACGGUGUCUGAGCAGCUCUCUGUUCCCCAGAGAUCUGUGGGCAGGAUCAUAGGAAGAGGCGGCGAGACAAUCCGUUCUAUCUGUAAGGCCUCCGGAGCUAAAAUUACUUGCGACAAAGAAUCAGAGGGGUCGUUACUGCUAUCAAGACUUAUCAAGAUCUCAGGAACACAGAAGGAAGUGGCAGCGGCCAAGCAUUUGAUACUGGAGAAAGUUUCAGAAGACGAAGAACUUCGGAAAAGAAUCGUUCAUUCCGCAGAAACCAGAGUCCCCCGCAAACAGCCCAUCAGUGUCAGAAGAGAGGACGUAGCCGAGGCUGGGGGAGCAGGAGAGCCGGUUCCCUGGAAAAACGUGAUGCGGGUGUCAACGCCAGCUGGUCCUCCUCCCACCAGAAGCAGCGACUGUGUUGGCGUGGGUCCAGAAGAAGGGCCCUGGGAGAAACCCCGUGACGAUCGCUCUCAAAAGCCUGCAGAUGGGACCAGCUCAGAGACGUCCAUGUUUGAAAUCCCCAGCCCUGACUUCAGCUUCCACGCUGAUGAGUUCUUGGAAGUGUAUGUCUCUGCCUCGGAACAUCCAAACCACUUCUGGAUCCAGAUCGUUGGCUCCCGCAGCCUGCAGUUGGACAAGCUCGUAAGCGAGAUGACCCAGCACUAUGAGAAUAGCCUGCCUGAAGACUUGACUGUGAAUGUAGGUGACAUCAUAGCUGCGCCUUUACCUUCAAAUGAUUCCUGGUAUCGAGCCCGGGUCCUUGGCACCUUGGAAAAUGGAAACAUGGACCUCUACUAUGUUGACUUUGGAGAUAACGGAGAAUGCCCAUUGGGGGACCUCAGGAAACUCAGGAGUGACUUCCUCAGCCUUCCAUUUCAAGCAAUCGAGUGUAGCUUGGCACAGAUCGCCCCUGCAGGCGGAAAGUGGGAAGAAGCAGCCCUGGACGAGUUCGAGAGACUGACGCACUGUGCGGACUGGAAGCCCUUGGUGGCCAAGAUCUCUAGCUACGUCCAGUCUGGGGUCUCCACGUGGCCCAAGAUCUACUUAUACGAUACCAGCAAUGGAAAGAAUCUUGAUAUCGGGUUGGAAUUGGUUCGUAAAGGAUAUGCCGUUGAGGUUCCUGAGGACGUGGAAGAAAGCAAAGCUGUCCGAGCUGUGUUGCAGGAAAUGACCACAGAAGCAGACAUAUCUCACAGCAGCAGCAUGCUCAUUGACGCCAUGAAGGGCCCCAGAGAGAUCCCCAGAACUCUGUCCUGCUUCAGCCUCUCAGAGGCUGCCUCGUUCUCGGGGGAUGAUGAUCCGAAAGAUGAUUUCUAAGUCUGAAGCCGGCUUCAGCUCCCUCUGCCAUCUGCCGUGAGUCAAGCGCAUCUCUUGGUAGCCACAUUCCAGGAAAGGAAUGAGGGCACCAACAGGGACUGGGGUUUUGGACCUUCCCACAGCCUAGCUUACUGAUGAUGCUCCGCAAUGCUCACACCCAUUCCUGUUACUGUUUUGUGUCUUUGGCAGGAUUUGGU